UAUCAAGUAUACCGGACUAAGAUGGAUUAUAAGCAGAUGGUAUUAUGCGGUGUGCUGGCUGUAGCACUGAUGACAUCGGUUGCCAUGACAGCUCCUCUGGAACUCUGGGAGAUCGCUGCCUUGGAUGACCUCUUGGACGAAGCCUACGCAGAAGCAAUAGCAGAAAUGGACAGUGGAAGCGUGAGCAAAAGAUCGUCAUGGAACUAUUGCCGACAUCACGUGACUGGGAAGAUGUGUAAAUGUUCAUCACUGUUUGGUCUAUCAACACGAAGAUAUUUCGAAUGCGAAGCUCCACCAUACCUUAACAACCCUUGGAACAGAAUAACACGCAACUGGUGAUGUUAUCACUACGUCAUAUGUUAUCAUCUUGGUGUAUUAUAUAUAUUUAUAUCUUGGCUAUGAGUAAUUUUAUCCACCUUCGUAAGAUUAUAUAUGUUCUUGUUGUUUUCAAUAUAUUCUCCGAUCAACAAUUUGAAUCUUUUCUUUCCUCUGUACCAUUGCCGUACUUAAGUAGUGUUUCUGUGUAUACUAGAAAGAAAAAGAUGGCGGAAUUCGAGGCACGGGGAUAACAUAUAUAAUUUCGAAUUUCCAUCCCAACUCUCUCCCUUUUCUCCCACACUCAUUCAUUUCACUUUCUAAAUAAUCUGCAUAUCAUUGUCUUAUUUCUCUUUUGUCUCAUCUUUUAAUUCCUUUCUUUCUGAUCUUUGUCAUAAUACACUGCAAAAACUCUGGUGUUGCCCGGCCCGGAAUCUAUAUAUG